GUGCCGUGUUGGCCCAGAUCUAGUGACGCAAGACCUGGAAUUCCUGAGGAUGCUCCCUCAUUUGGUUCCGACGCUAAAUCACAGCCUCUGCGAUUCCGAAUCGACGGUCUCGACGUGCCACUGCUACGUUCCUUCACGACCGAACAUCACACUGCGCGACUGGCACUGGUGAACACGACUCGACAUCGAGAUCUGGUUCCCUCGUGCUCCAUCUUCCUGAUACGGCGUGUACUGUACUCACCGGACGCAGAGGGACCGCGUUCCAUUGAGUUGAGUGGCGCAUUUUCGACCAAGAAAGAUCUCAGGAACUAUCCCAUCCAAAGGUAUAUAAUCCAUUGGUCUCAGCGCAUUGAAUCUGCUCCGUCCGUCGUCCGACUCGCGCAGCACAUCGAAAUCAGUGAACCACAAACGCGAUGUCCCAGCCACAGGAACCAAAGAGCCAGCGUCAAGGGUCAGCAGAGCUGGAAAACUCUUCAUCCAGCUCAUCAGUUCCUCCUAGGAGACCGCCUGGGGCUUGCAUACAAUGUAAAGCGCUCAAAAUCCGUUGCGAAUUCAUCCCUGAAGAGGACACGUGUGUGAGGUGCAGAGCUAGUGGCACCGAAUGUGUUUUCCGAGGUCGCAAGAAACGAAGACCAGCGCCAACACAGGACGAGCUUCAACAGCGGUCGCAGUCUCAGAACUUGCAAAUUCAGUCGCUGCUGCAACGGCUCGACGAGACGAAAGCGCGCUCUAAAAUGCACCAUUGUCUUGCUCAAGCACAAGCGGAAGCUGCCUCUCUUGGAAGACACGCAGGCGAUAUGUUUGUCAGCGUACCGAGGGGUCGGUCUGCUGCGUACCCCGGAUCAAUCUCCGGGUCGUCAUCAGCGUUCGGAGCGCCGUCAAACCCCGGGUUACUGAGACCCGCAAAUUAUGCGGAUGAAUAUGCCGCAAAUCAUGCGAACAGAACCAGUCAACCUGCUAUCCUCCAAAGCGGCUUGUUCAGUUCUCGAGAUGUUGCCGCUUUGUUCGAUCUGUAUUAUGACAGACUACACACGUGCUUCGCGAUCCUGGAUCCAAGGCUGCACACGCCGCAGUACUUGAUGUCAAAGUCACCACUUCUGUUUACAAUGAUACUCGCGGUCGCAUCACGCCACUGGCAGUGUCGACCAAAGCUGCAUCAACUGGCGAUGGCAUACGCCUGUGAGGCCGUGGCACAGACCCUUAUUGAUAGCUGCCACUGUAUUGAAACCUGCCAGGCGUACAUUCUCAUGACGGUAUACCCAGCCCCGUUCCAGCGAUGGUCUGAGAACCGAAACUGGUUACUUAUCGGGGCUGCUGUCCGGAUAUCGCACUAUCUACGGCUCGACUUCCCGCCACCGCCGGAGCUUCCUGAGCGAGAGAGACUCAAUCGCAUAAGGACCUGGUUUCACAUCAUGACCGCCGACACUUCACAUUGCAUUCAGCGAGGGAAAACACCCGUGAAGCCGCGGAAGGACUAUGUAGACCAAAUAUUUGAUAUCUGGUACAGGUGCUCUUCUCUGAACUCACCGUAUGACAUCUACUCUGCGGCGUAUUUGGACAUUAUGCAGCUCGUUUCGCCGCUGCUGGAUGACAUUCGGGUGGACAUGUCUAAUCCCGAUAUAUGGCAGCCCGACGUCCUUGCUCUUGUGAGGGAGUGUGACCACAAAAUUUCGGAACGGGUCUCUCACUGGCAGCAGCGUAUCAUGGAGCACCACACGUCGGCGAAUUGGGCAGUGAGGGCUGAACGCGAUACCAGGCUGACGUUAGUCACGUACUGUCAAAGACUCACAGUUCUGGGCGCGGGUGUUCACUGGUCUCUGAUGAAAGGGAUCACUCUUGCCCCGGAUAUCUUCCACUCAUCCGUCCAGAUUGCACGAGCGAUCCUAAGUAUACACGUUGAACAGCUGUAUCCCAUUGGGCACUUGCGUUAUGCCAUUGAGCCACAAUAUCUGCAUACCACGUACUCAGCCGCAUUCCUAUUGAAUCUUUUGGACCCGUGCUUCGACUCCCUCGUGGACCCCGCGCUCCGUGAGAGUAUCCUGAAUGACGUGCGCUCGCUCAUCCGAAUCUGGUCUUCGGCGGAUGUCGCUCUAGACAAGCUGCAUUAUCCCUUCAUCUACGCCCGCUUCCUCUUGUCGCUUCUCGACCACUAUCUGGAAGGACGAGAUACCGGCCCCGAUGGACCGUCUCAUGUGCUUCCAGCUCGUUCGUGGGCACCAGAACCUCGUUCUGCGGAUUACGAUGCGGGUCCGACGGGGUAUCAGACGGUCUUCGACGCGAACCCCGCACAAUUCGUAGAGGCCUCGCAUGGAGGGGGUGCAUUCGCAUUCCAGAAUUUUGUGACGAACGUCAAAACUGCUCAAUCUGGAUGGCAGGUGUCGCCAGUGCCCUCGCCGCCAGCUGAGCUCCAGCAGGCUUGGAUAUCGGCUCCGUGGGGCGGCGACGCGCAUUUGCACCUUGGGACCAUUCCGCCGUAAGCAAGACGUUGUAUGAGUACACUGUACUGUCAGGAUAACCUAUGCGAUUGUCUCCCGUACAUUUAUCUAGCUCUCUACCUUACUGACUCUACGAGCGUACUUCGAAUUGAUGUAAUCCACUCACUUCGCCUAGUAUCCAUACAAGUCCUUGACAUGUAAAACGAGACUGACUGAGGAGCGAAAAUACUAG